AUGGAAGAAUAUGUUAUAGAUGAGAAAGAUCUCAUGAUAAAUGAAUGCAUUGGAAACGGUUGGUUUGGUAAAGUGCACAAAGGUACACUGAGAAUGAAGGGAGCUGUGGGCAUAGAACUGCCCGUAGCUAUCAAAGCUCCCCGUGUUUUGAAACGUCAUUACCCAAUUGCAUUGGAUACUUUAAUUAAAGAGAUGGCAGUGGUUUCAACACUUGCACAGCAUCCCAACAUUCUUGCUUUCAUUGGUUUCAUUCCUGAAAAAAUCUCUGAGUUUAUCGACGGAGGAGAUCUCAAUCAUUAUUUGAGAAAUCGAGGUCAUUUGAAAUAUGCGAAGGACAAUAUAUUGCUUUUGAAACAACAGAAUGCUACUGAAGAUGAUUUUGAAUCCAUUUGUUCUGUGGAUUUACUUUCAUUUGCUUAUCAGAUUGCUAACGGAAUGAGUCACUUUGAAAAGACACAUGUCGUUCAUCGAGACUUGGCUCUUCGUAACGUGUUAAUAGGAAAGGACAAAAUUAUACGAAUCGCAGACACGCAACUAGCUCGAAAAAUAGACAAACGCAUCUAUUACAAGUUAAAACUUCUAUAA